AUGGCCACAGCAAAACCAUGCCUGACUCAAUUGAGCAGGACGUGUCUAUACUCAUUGCGCCAAACUCAAUCGACUAUCCCAUUCAGAACCUUCAGCUCGACUGCGCCAUGUGCUGUCAAACAAUCGCGAAAGAAGACUGAGAGGAAACUGGCUGGUAAAGCCGGCACUGUUAUAAAGGGGAAGAAGGCUGCUGUAGAGAAGAAGAAGAAGAAGACCAAUAUAUAUUGGAAUGAUCCUGAUUUGAAGGGAGAGGAGCAGUUCUCCUUAUUAGAAGCUAUGAGAAUAAUACGAGCCUGGGAAGUAGGAUACAAACCAACAUCAGUCAAAUACGAGGUUGCGAUGAGAGUAUCAGGGGUACGAAACGGGCCAGUUGUACGAAAUCGAAUCCGGCUUCCUCAUCCAGUGAAAACCGACUUUGGCGUUUGUGUUAUUUGCCCACCAGAUUCAAAAUACGCGGCAGAAGCGAAGGCUGCAGGUGCUGUACUUGUAGGAGAAGAUGAGGUGUUUGAUGCUGUCAAAGCGGGAAAGAUUGACUUCGAACGAUGCUUAUGUCAAACCGAUUCGGUCCCGAAACUAAACAAGUCUGGCAUAGCGAGAAUCUUGGGUCCUAAGAGCUUGAUGCCAAAUCACAAGACUGGUACGAUUGUAGCUGAUCCAGCUAAAGCGAUGAGGGAAAUGAUAGGAGCGUCAGAGUAUAGGGAGAGACAAGGUGUUGUUCGGAUGGCUGUAGGACAGCUUGGAUUUACGCCAGAACAGAUGACGAAGAAUCUCAAGUCAUUCGUAGAUUCGGUUAAGAAGGAUAUGUCAAGGCUGAGCGACAAGAUCAGUAAGAAUAUAGCAGAGGUGGUGUUGAGUUCGACUCAUGGUCCCGGAAUACCGCUCAACGGAGGGCUCACGGAUGGGAAGACACAUGUGACAGAGAAGGAUUUGGUAUGA